AUGGGAUCAAGAAAAACAAAUGCAAGAGGAAGACAGUUACAAGAGGUAAUAAAUGAAGGUUAUUUUAACUGUAUUGAUGAUGUUAGUACCACAUAUGAAAAGAAUGAUUAUGAAGUAAAGAUCGACUGGAUAUUAGCCAGUCAACCUCUUCAUUCAUUAAAAUCAAACGUCGAAACCCACCCAACAAUCGGUACAUUAAGUGGUCACAAACCAUUAACCUUCGAUUUACCAAUUGGACCUGAACCCAAACCUGCAUCUCCAAGAUUAUCCCUUAACUUCAAAGCAGCAAAUUGGCCAAAAUUUAGAAAUACAUUAAAUGAACAACUAAUACUAUGGAACAAACAUCGUUAUAUAAAUUCAGAAUCAGAUAUAGAAGAAUAUACGUCGUUUAUUACCAACAGCAUUACUACAGCAACACAAGAAGCCAUACCAACGUCAAAAAAAUUGAAUACAAACAUUAAACUAAGUGAAGCAACCAAACAUCUGAUCCAGCUCAAGCAUAAAACUUAUCGUAAAUGGAAGAAGACUGGAGAAGAUAGUGAAAAACAGCAAUAUUAUAAAUGUAAGUUGUUACUGACCAAUUCACUUAGAAACGACAGAAAAAUCAACUUUAACAACCUUAUGUCGUCAUUAUGUCAGAAGAAAAUGUAUUCAGAUUCAGUAUGGCUUACGGUUCGCAAGUUUCACAACAAGCGAAUAAAACAAAGCCACAGUAACAACAUCAAAUAUAACAAUGUGACUGCAACAUCAGAUAAGGAAAAAACCGAUCUAUUUGCUGGAUAUUUUCAAAAUGAAGUCUAUGUCAAAGCUCCUGACACAUUACCGUUUCAUCAGCAAGUGACAAGACAAACUUUUAACAUUAAAAACAGAUCUUCUAACACGAAACUAAACAAGUGGAAGAAGAUCACAAUAGAAGAAGUUAAAUAUAACAUCAAACAACUUCGAAACACCUCCACUGGGCCUGACAACAUCCACAACAGAUGUCUGAAAAAUCACACACAAUCACUGAUUCAACAUCUGACUAAAUUAUUCAACUCCAUAUUAAAUAUGGGUUAUAUUCCAAGUGGAUGGAAAAAUGCAAAUAUUAUACUUUUAUUAAAGCCCAACAAAGAUAGACAACAUCCGUCAAGUUAUCGUCCGAUUAGUCUUCUUAGUUGCCUCGGUAAACUUCUGGAGAAAAUAAUCAAGCAACGACUGAUGGUUAUUCUGGACCGACGCAACAUCCUUCCAGAACAUCAAGCUGGCUUUCGACCACGGAAAAGCACUUUAAACAACAUCAUAAGGCUGACAAAGUAUGCACAAAAUCAGCUCCAUUCAAAUGAUCGUAGUCGUCAUGCAGCAGUUAUAUUAUUUGAUAUUAAAGCUGCAUUUGACUCUGUCUGGCAUGAAGGACUAAUAUAUAAAUUAAAUGAACUACGUCUACCACAAUAUUUAACAAAUUAUCUGAUUUCGUUUCUUCAAAACAGAACUGCUGUUAUAGAAAUCGAAAAUAUAUUAUCCAGACCAUUCAACCUUAAUAGUGGUACUCCACAAGGAUCUCCGUUAUCACCAUUACUCUACAUUAUAUAUACGGCAGAUUCGAUGAAUGGAAUACCAGAACAUACAGAACAUGGUCUUUUUGCCGAUGACACCGCACUAUGGACAUCAUCCAACACAAUAACAAGCCUUAAUUCCCGCCUACAACAAUCCAUAGAUGCAUUCCAAAGUUGGUGCAAAUCGUGGAAACUAAAAUUACAACCAACAAAAACUGAACUCGUCCACUUCACUGUACAUCCAAGAAAACAAUAUAAAAAUCCAGUCGCAGUCAAAAUAGAUGAUAUAUCCAUCAAACCAUCCAACUCAACAAGAUAUUUAGGUGUUAUUAUUGACAAAACGUUGAAUUGGAGAAGCCAUAUCCAUCACAUUGAAUCGAAGAUUGCUGGUCGUAUUAGUCUGUUACGGUUUUUAAACAGAGCAGCUUACGAACCUAAUGACAAAAUUAUGUUAAACAUCUUCAAAUCAAUUGCAAGAUCGAUUAUCAUCUAUGGUUAUCCAAUAUUACUUACUGCCAAUGAUAAAAUAUGGGAAAGACUACAAAUAAUGCAAAACAAAGCCAUUCGUGCUGCAUUAGGAUUACCCAUAUAUACAUCCGUCGAAUAUAUCCAUCGAAUUACCAAUAUCCCCAAAAUUAAAGAAUAUGCCGUUACUCUCCUGCAACGUUAUAUUCAAACAGCAACAUCAAAUAACGACCAACUACUAACCAACAACCUGCAAGAUAUAUUCAACAAAAUUCAAUAAGAAAUCACCUACCCAUGUUACAUAUUACAUAUAGCAUCGUCAUUAUCGAUCAUUGUUGAGUCGACCGAAUCCAUACAAAAAUUGUUAUACCGGAAUCAUCGACUUUAACUUUGCAUCAUACAUAUAUAUAUAUACUAUUAUAACAACUUCCAUCGUAUAACCUCUUUUCACGAGACAUAAGACAUUCGUCAUGCGUCUCGGCGUUUCUCUCCAGCCUUUUGUAUAUUUGUAUAUAUUGUUGCUUCUUUUUUGUUAACAUCUUAAUAAAAAGGCUUUGACUCCAAAAAAAAAAAAAAAAAAAAAAAAAAAGUUGAA